CUGGUUUAAAUUAUACCAGUUUGGCUGUGCAUGGCGGACCUUCUUCCGGGUGCAGCUCAUAGUAUUUUUCGCCUACAGCUGUUUUACCAUUAGAUUCAACAAGCUAACGGAUUACUAAACUAUCAGCACAGUAUACUCACACCACUGAUAACUUUACACUAACUAGCUACAGAUCUCAAUUUGAACGACCUCUUUGAGAACCGGUAGCUUGUUACCUCUUGACUUUAGCCAGCUAGCUAACGCUUGUUAACGUUAGCCAUAAUGGUCGUCUGGUGGAUGAGACCGGGUGGAAGGCUAUGAAAUCCAGCUCCCAGUCGGGAUAGCUUUGGAGGGAAGCCAGGAUGCUGCAGGGACUGUACGGAGGUCUGGAUCGGGACAAGCCGCUGAUCCGGCUUCCUUUCACUGACUUUGCCGUUGGGACUGUCUUGCUGGCUCUAACCGGUCUAAUAGCCUGCAUCGUCAUUUCUCUGAUGUUCCAUUUCGAUGAGUCUACCUAUACCCACUGUCAGGUGCCCAACUACCUACCCUCCAUCAGUGCAUCUAUCAGUCUGGUCCCAGAGCGCUAUAUAUGGAGGUUCUGUAURGGCCUGCACUCGGCCCCUCGUUUCCUGGUGGCUGCGGCCUACUUCAGCUUCUACCGCGGACGGUUUGCUAAGAGCUUCCCUGACAUGGCCCUUAGCGUCCUGGCUCUCAUAGCUGCUCUGGCUGAGAACGUAGGCCUGCUGUUACUCACCUAUGUGUCCUCUACUGAGACCUACAGUGUUCACAAGAACGGUUUUAUCACGUUCGCCGCCUGCUCUCUUCUGCACAUGCUCAUUACCUGCAGACUGUGGCAGGUGAUUAAGAYGUUCAGUCUCAACCCCGAGGAGAUCACGUCGUUUUGUUGGAAGGUGCGUCUCUUUCUCUUCAAUGUCAGCUUUUGUUUGGUCGCCGCCUACUUUUUCAGACGCCACAACAAGUACUGCGAACCCAUAA